GUGAACAUGUGAUUUUACGACACUGACACAAAACGGUCGGUUGCGUAAGAAGUGCACAAAAUGGCGGCCGUUUCUGGAUGUCGUCUGCUGUUUGGGAGGAUUUCUUGGCUGAAGUUCUCGCCUCUUUCAAGUUCAAGUGCAAGGGGUUUGCCCCUCUUGGACAGCCCAGCUGUUUCCAGACAAUACAGUAGUGAUAAGAAAAAAACUGAGGAGAAAGCUCCACUCAGAAAGCCUAAAACACCAGCGGGGAAGUUGGACCAGAAGGAGGGUGACAGACAUCCGUAUGCUGAACAGGACCCAUUGCCCCCCUGGCCAGAUAACAUCAACCCACACACAGGAGAGAGAGGAGGACCCCGGGGGCCUGAGCCCACACGUUAUGGGGACUGGGAAAGGAAAGGAAGAGUGACAGACUUCUAGAUAAUAGUAGAGAUGGGACACUGACCAACUGCCAUGGCUUGAGCACAGUCAGAACGUACUGCACCUACGUGAUACUCGUAAUGUAUUGUACAUAGUCAUAGCACUUCAGCAGAACAUCUCAUAUAAGGUCGUGUACAUAUUAUAAGGUUAACAUCCCGUCUGUAGUUUCCAAAUGUUAAGUCAAAAAAGAUCUGCAACAUCUGCAACAGGCAAAAUUCUGAUGCGACGUUCACCAAAAAUCCAAUGAAAACCAUGUGUACAAAAAUCAGCAUUUCGUGCAGGCGCAGUACAUUCUGCUGACAUGCUCAUGGCUUGUAGUAACAGUUGUCAAAGAAGAAACACAACAGUAUUUACUGAUGAUGGUCUUUUCAUGAUUGGAUUGCAUGCUGGGAGAUGCAAGGCAUUAUGGGUAACACUGGGGCAAAAAUAAUAACUAGUACCAUGAUCAAAUAUUCUGGAUGCAAGAAACAUGCACUGCAUACAUGUCUACAGUCCUGGUAGUGAUGUUGUUUACCCCCAGCACAGCUACCCAUAGUGCCUUGUGUCUCCCAGCAUGCAAUUGGAUUUGUGAAAAGGUAUACAUGUAUUUGACAUGAUAUCAAGAACUUUUUGUUUAUUGUUGAGGAAUGGUGAAGGCCUGCAAAAAAAAAGGAAAAUAAACAACUUGCUUUGUUUCUUCAAGUGUUGAUCACCCAUUCAUUUAUUGUCAAUGAAGGCAAAUCUGUAGAGUAAAAGGUAAAACAAAACCUUACUGUUAUGUAAGUCACGCUAAAUAGGAGGACCAAAUAGUUUUACCCUGAAAGUAUCAUAUUUUACUAAAAAUAAACUUAAAAUAAGAAAAAUGCCAGGAAUUC